UUGUAUGAACCAAGAAAAGACCAAACAGAGCUCAAACCACUCACCCACCACCUGCCAUCACGGUGUUCUUGUCCAGCAGCUAACGCCAAUAAAGAACCAUCGGUAGAAAAUCGAACAUCAUUGAUAAAUCCUGGCACUUCAUAA